AUGUCAUCACAUCGAUCACCAAAGAAAUCUGAUCGUCAUGUAAAUCUUAGCCAGAUCAAUACAAUGCAUUCACUUAAAGUUGAUAAUUUAGCAUAUCGUACACGAGUUGUCGAUUUACAACGAUGUUUUGAAAGAUUUGGUCCUAUUGGUGAUAUCUAUGUUCCUCGUGAUCAAUUUUCACAUUCCAAUCGUGGUUAUGCUUUUGUUCGUUUUCUGGAAAAACGUGAUGCACAAAAUGCAAUUAAUCGUAUGGAUGGUGCUGAUAUAGAUGGACGUGAAGUACGUGUACAAUUGGCUCGUUAUAAUCGCGGUUCAGGUACAAAUGGUCGAAAUAAAAUUCAUCAUCGUCGAUCACGUUCACGAUCAAGAUCUCCACGACGUUCAAAACAUCGAUCACGUAGCAGCAGUGGUGGUAGUCCCAGUCGAAAUAAUCGUCGAAGAUCACGAUCACGAUCAUCACGUCGAUCUCGUUCAACAUCACAUUCUAAACGAAACAAUCAUUCUGACAAUAGUGAAGAUGAACAACCACAGGAAAAAAAAUAG